AGGAUGUCAACAAAGUGGAUUGCCACUCUUCUGCUGCUACAGAUGAGUUGUUACUUCAGAUCUGGAAACUGUGGAAAGGUGUUGGUUUGGCCCAUGGAAUUCAGCCACUGGAUGAAUCUCAAAACAAUACUGGAUAAACUCGUGCAGAGGGGCCAUGAAGUGACUGUUCUGAGACACUCAGCUUCCAUUUUUCUUGAUACCAGCAAAUCUUCUGGUUUCAUGUUUGAAAACUUUCCGGUACCUAUUAGUAACGAUGAACUGAAAAUAUUUUUCGCACAGUGGGUCAUGGAUUGGAUAGACAAUGUGCAAACAGAUACUUGUUUGAUGUAUUCUCCAACACUGGAUAAAAUGAUGAAGGACUAUUCUGAUGUUGCCUAUGACUUAUGUAAAGCAGCAGUUCUGAACAAGCAGCUUAUGACAAAACUACAAAAAUCAAAGUUUGAUGUCCUGCUCUCAGAUGCUAUUGGUCCGUGUGGUGAGCUGAUAGCCGAGAUGCUUAAAAUUCCUUUUGUGUAUAGUCUUCGCUUCUCUCCGGGCUACUAUAUGGAAAAGUACAGUGCUGGACUUCUGGUGCCUCCCUCUUAUGUCCCCAUGAUUUUGUCAGGAUUAAGUGGUCAAAUGUCCUUCUGGGAAAGGGUAGAAAACAUGAUAUGCAGGUUUUAUUUUGACUUUUGGUUUCAGACAUUUGAAGAAAAGAAAUGGGAUCAGUUCUAUAGUGAGGUUUUAGGAAGACCCACCACCCUAGCUGAGCUGUUGAACAAAGCUGAAAUGUGGCUCAUUCGAUCCUACUGGGACUUGGAGUUUCCUCGCCCAACCUUGCCCAAUAUUGAAUUUGUUGGAGGACUCCACUGCAAACCUGCCAAACCUCUGCCUAAGGAAAUGGAAGAUUUUGUGCAGAGCUCUGGAGAAGAUGGUGUGGUGGUGUUUUCUCUAGGCUCCAUGGUCAGUAACAUGACAGAAGAAAAGGCAACCGCAAUAGCAUCAGCCCUGGCACAGAUUCCACAGAAGGUUAUUUGGAGAUUUGAGGGUAAGAAACCAAAAACUUUAGGACCCAAUACUCAGCUGUACAAAUGGAUUCCCCAGAACGAUCUUCUUGGUCAUCCAAAAGCAAAAGCUUUUAUAACUCACGGAGGAGCCAAUGGCCUCUACGAAGCCAUCCAUCAUGGCAUUCCGAUGGUGGGCAUUCCUCUGUUUGGAGAACAGCGAGACAACAUCGCUCACAUGGUGGCCAAGGGAGCAGCUGUGGGCUUGGAUUACAAAACCAUAUCACGUUCAGACUUGCUCAAUGCACUGGAGGCUGUCCUUAAUGAUGCUUCCUAUAAAGAGAAUGCCAUGCGGCUGUCCACCAUCCACCACGACCAGCCUAUGAAGCCCCUGGACCGCGCCGUCUUCUGGAUCGAGUUUGUCAUGCGCCACAAGGGGGCCAAGCACCUGAGGCCACUUGCGCACAACCUCACCUGGUUCCAGUACUACUCCUUGGAUGUACUUGGGUUCCUCCUGGCCUGUGUGGCAGCCAUUGCUUUUCUUGUUGUAAAAUGCUCCUUGUUUUUUUAUCACAAUUUUGUGAAGACUGAGAAGAAAAAAAAAGAAUGA